AUGUCUUAUAUAAAUAAUAAUGUCGAAAAAAGAAAAUCAUUAAAAAAACAUAAUAAUAAUAAUAAUAAUAAUAAUAACAAUAACAAUAACAAUAAAGUAGACACUCUUGAUAUUAAGAAUUAUGAUGAUAGUAGUAAACAUAUAAAUAAAAACCCGCAUGUUCUAGAUUCGAUUUUAUUAAGCAAUAUGGAAAAAGAUAAAAAGUUAAAAUUAUUAAAUAAUUAUAUUAAUAUGUUUGAUAAAAAUAAAAACGACAAAGUCACAACAAACCAUCCGAGUCAUAAUAUUUAUAAUAGUAAAAAUAAUGAUACCUAUGAUGAUCAGGAUCAAGACGAACAAUAUGUAGAUACGGACGACUCGUUCAUAUUAUCUAAUACAAAGAAAAAAAUAAAUAAAAGAGAUAUUAUCUCAUAUGAUAAUUACAUUUUUGAAGAGGAAGAUAAAGUAUCUUCGAAAUAUUUAGAAUAUAAAAACGACAGUACGCCUCAUAUGAAAAAGAAGAAAGACGAAGGUAGCAACAGAAAAGGUAACAUAAACAUGGACAGUAAUAAUAAUAAUAAUAAUAUAAACACGAAGAGUAACACAAACAACAACAACAACAACAACAACAACAACAAUAAUAAUAAUAAUAAUAAUAAUAAUAAUAAUAAUAAUAAUAAUAACGACGAUUAUUAUGAUGAUAAUAAUUAUUAUCAUAACAACCAUAGCGAUAGUAUUAAUAAUAGUAUUAAUUAUAAUGAUAAUAUUCAUAGAAAAGAGAAAAAAAAUAAAAAGAAUACGCAUAACGAAAAAAAAUAUAUAAGUGAUAUGUAUAAUUUUCAAUAUGAUGAUUAUGACAAAAAAAAAAAAAAAAAAAAUACAAUAGAAACAUACGACUCCGAUACGAAGAAUAGUGAUAUUUUUAUUAAUACUGGAUUUCUUCCCUACUCUUUGAAUAAAAAAAAAAAUAAUAAGAAAAGGAAAGGGAAAAAAAAAAAUGAACAAGAAGAAAAUAUGCACAACAUUAAUUAUGAUGAUAAUAUGGAUGACGAUGAUGAUAAUAAUGAUGAUGAUAAUAAUGAUGAUGAUAAUAAUAAUGAUGAUAAUAAUAAUGAUGAUGAUAAUAAUAAUGAUGAUGAUAAUAAUAAUGAUGAUGAUAAUAAUAAUAAUGAUGAUAAUAAUAAUAAUGAUAAUAAUAAUGAUGAUGAUAAUAAUAAUGAUGAUGAUAAUAAUACUGGGUCUUUUUUUAAAAAUAAAAUGAUCCAAUCUCAUGUUAUAAACAACAAAUAUGAUAACACAAAUGAUUAUUUAGAUGAUCUUGAAUCAUUUGAAUACAAUAAAACAAAAAAGAAAAAAAAAAAAAAAAAUGAUACCAUGGAUGAUGUUUUUAAAAAUAAAAGAAACGAUAAUACAAAAGUAAAAUAUAAUUAUAAUAAUAAUAAUAAUGAUGAUGAUGAUGUAUUAGAAUACGAAUUAAAUUAUAUACAUAAUUCUUUCGAUACACAUCCCAAAAAAUGGAUCCAUUAUUCUCUUCCAGAUAAUUAUGAUGGAGAAAAAAAGAAAAAAAAAAAUAAAACAAAAAAAAAAAGACAUGACAUGAACUUUUAUAGUAUAGAUAAAAAUAAUUUAGAUGAACAGGAUUUGUUUAGUAAUCAAGAAGCAUUAACCAUUUUAAAAAAAUUUUCUAGGGAAAAUAAUGUAUCUGUUCCAUAUAAAGAAAAAAAAAUAAACAAAAAUAAAAAAAACUCAUCAAAUAGUAUGUAUAAAGAUUAUUCGAAUAAUAUUAAUAAUUAUAAUAAUAAUAAUAAUAAUAAUAAUAAUAAUGAUGAAAAUAAUAAUUAUAAAGAGAUUGUUUCUAAUUAUGAUAAUAACCAUGAAUACGAUAAAAAAAAUAAAAAUAAAAUCCAAGUUGAACAAAAUGUACACAUGAUAAAUUACGCUAAUGUAAAUAGGAAACAUAAUUCAGAUAUUCUCCCUAAAGAAGAUGGAAGUAAUAAAAAAACAAACAUUAAUAAUCAUAAUGAUAAUAAUUUUAAUGUAAAUAAAGAAUUGUCUAUUAACGACAAUGUAUAUGAAAAUUUUAUAAGGGAAUAUAAAAAUCUACAAUCCCUAUUUUCAUAUAAUAAAAAUAAAAUCGAAGAUCAUUUAAAUCCCCUCACGCGUAUUAUGGAAAAGAAUAAAGAGGACAAAAUUGUUUUAGAAAAUAAUAUUAACAAGUUUAUUUUAAAUGCACAUGAGGGGUUAUCAAAAAAAAUGUUGAGCUAUCAUAUGGAUGAACAGGAGGGCGUGCAAGGAAUGAAAUCUAUUGAAGAUGAUAAAAAGGGUGAUGAUAAUAAAGAUGACGAUGAUAAUGAUGAUGAUGAUGAUGAUAAUGAUGAUGAUGAUAAUGAUGAUGAUGAUAAUGAUGAUGAUGAUGAUGAUAAAGAUGAUGAUAAUAAUGACAAUAAUGAUGAUAAUGAUGAUAAUUAUGAUGAUAAUAAUGAUGAUAAUAAUGAUGAUAAUAAUGAUGAUAAUUAUGAUGACGAAACUACCAUUAGCUAUUCCAAAAGUGAUUUAUCAAAAAUGGUUGAAUAUAUAAAUAAUGAUGAUAUGGAAGAAAUGACAGGAUUUAGUAAUAAUAAUCCUGUAUUACAAAAAAAAAAACAAAAUAAAAAAAAGAAAAAUGAACAGAAUAAAGAUAAUAUAUUAACAAAAAAUAGUAAACAUAAUAGUACACAUACAAUUAAUUGUAAAAAUAAAAAGGAUCUUAAGAAUUUAUCCACAUGUACAAAUAUAAUGGAUGAAUCUAUUCAUAAUAACAACAAUAAUAAUAAUAUGAACAGUAAUAAUAUGAACAGUAAUAAUAAUAUGAACAGUAAUAAUAUGAACAGUAAUAAUAUGAACAGUAAUAAUAAUAUGAACAGUAAUAAUAUGAACAGUAAUAAUAAUAUGAACAGUAAUAAUAUAAAUAGUAAUAUUAAUAUGAACAGUAAUAAUAUAAAUAGUAAUAAUAAUAUGAAUAGUAAUAACAAUAUGAAUAGUAAUAAUAAUAUAAAUAGUAAUAAUAAUAUGAAGAGUAAUAAUAAUAGUAGUAGUGAUAUGAAAAUUAUAGAAAGUAAUAAUAUACCUUAUUCGCCAAAUAAUAAUAUGAAAAAAAAAAAGAAAAAAAAAAAAAACUUAAAAGAAAAAUUAAAUAAUAACAUUAAAUAUAAUGAAAUAAUUACAAAGUCAUAUAUGUUUCCAACAAACAAAAUAAUAAAACAUGAUAAAGGUGUAGAAUACGAAACAAAAAAUUCAAAACAUCUCUUACAUAAAAAUUUUAAUAAUAUAUAUAACCAAAGUGAACAGAAUUGGUCUCUUCAUGAAGACCUUUUAAAAGAGAUUUUAACAAAAGAAGAAUAUAAUGAAAACUUGAUCAAAAAAAAAAAAAAUAAAAAUAGUAAAUUAAAUAAAAAGACAGUACAUAAUGAAGAAACACUUCUACAUAAACAAAUCGAAGAAAAAUAUGAUAACGUACAUACUUAUAUAAUUGAAACGAGAAAAAAUAAAUAUUCUCUUAGUGACCAUGAAAAACAAAACAGUUUUACAAAAGACCGGGUUCUUCAUUCAAAAAAAAAAAUCAAAGGAAAAAAAAAUAGUAAGAGCAACAUGAAAAUGGUAUCUCCAAAUAAGGAGAACAAAAAGGAAAGAACAAUGAAAAAUCAAAAUGAUAAUCAUCUUAAUAAUCAUGAGAGUGAUGACAAUAAUAGUAAUGAAAACAGUUAUGAGGUAAGUACUAUGUAUGAUGGAAACAAUAGCAGUAUUCAUGAUGAUAAUUCAAAAAAGGAAAAAUUCAGUGAUAAUGAAAAAUAUCAUGAACGUGCUGAAGAAGAAAAUAUAAGUGAUGAUCUUUACCAAGAAGAUGAUAGUGAUCAUUCAAAUAAAGAAAUUAAAAUGAAUAUGAAAUCAAUGACCAGCUUCGAUAAAGAAAAAAGGAGAUAUACAAUACAAAAUCUUGAAGAAAUAAAGAAAAAAUCCAAAAAAAUUAUUAACAAAAAUGAAAACCACAAAUAUGGGUAUAAUAGUGAUUAUAUGAACGAUUCAUGUGAUUUAGCGGUGGAAAAAAAAGAUAAAAAAAAAAAAACACAACAAGAAAAUUGUGAUAAUAAAUGUGAUAAUAAAUAUGGUAAUAAAUGUGAUAAUAAAUAUGGUAAUAAAUAUGGUAAUAAAUAUGGUAAUAAUUACGAUAAUAACUACGAUAAUAACUACGAUAAUAAGUACCAUAAUAACUACGAUAAUAAGUACCAUAAUAAGUACCAUAAUAAUAAUAACAAUUGUGAUAAAGAUAAUUAUAAUAAUAAGGACAAAUUUCUUCCCAAUGAUCAAGCUUUUAAUUAUGAUAAUCGUAAAGGAAAAAAAAAAAAUAAAGAAGAUAUAUUAAAAGAUCAAUAUAAUGAUGAACAUAUAAAAGAAUAUUUUUAUUCCUUAAUAGAAGGACAAGUCUCUAAAAACAAUAAAAACAAAAAAAAAAAAAAUUCGCAAAGAGAUUAUAGUUUGAAUAAAUCUACUAAAGAAAAAGGAGUAAAAAAAGAACGUCUUUUACACAAUAAACAUUUUAAAGACACUGAUUCGGAAGAAGAUCAGAACAACAAAAAAAAUAAAAAUAAUAUUUAUUUAAAAAAAAAUUACGACCAAGAAAAUGAAAAAGAUAAUGAAUAUGAAAACGAAAAAAGUUAUAAAAAAAGUACACGCCCUUAUUAUGAAGAAGAUCAUACACCUUAUCGUAAACAGAAUAUUCAGGAUUGGUCUUCCUACACAAAAGAUAAAGAAAAUAAAUUAAAUAUGGAUGAUGAUAUAAAUAUGAAUAAAGGAAAUGACCAAGACAUAAGCCGUACCUAUAAAAAUGAAAAAAAUAAAGAAGAAGAUAAAUAUGAAAAAAAUGAAAAAUAUGAUAAAUAUGAUAAAUAUGAAAAAAAUGAAAAAUAUGAAAAAAAUGAAAAAUAUGAAAAAUAUGAUAAAUACAAAAAAGAUAAUAAAAAUCAACAUGAUGAUCCACUUUAUGAUAAUAUUAAAAAUUACGAUAAUGAUAAUAAAGGGCUAGAGUUCUUUUCAAACAAUUUCUUUCAUAUUAAAAAAUUUAUAGAAAAAAAAGAAAAUGAAAAUAUUCACAUGUCAAAAAUUGAAAAUUCACAAAAAGAAGAAGAAUUAAAUCUUAAAAGAAAUAACCUGAACAGUUCAGGUAAAACAGAAAAACUUGAAAAAUUCUUAGGAUUAUAUAAAGAAAAUAAUGAAGCUAUGGAUUUUUAUAAGAGUGUUUUGAUAGAAGAAAAGAAUAGUAUGAAUAUGUCAAAAAAUAUGAUAAAUAAGAAUAAUUUAAAUGAUGAUCGUAUGAAGGAUAAUAUAUCUAAAAUAAAUCGUUAUAAUAGUGAUGAUACAUAUAUAAAAGUUGAAAAUAAUUACGAUAAUAAAAAAGAAAUGAACAAUUCUGAUGAGUUAAAUGGUAAAAAUAAUAAUAGUAAUAAUUACAAUAAAAGCCACAGCAAAAACAACAGCAACAGUAACAGUAACACCACCACCAAGAACAACAACAAUAAUAAUAAUAAUAAUAAUGGUGGUGAUAAGAAUCGUCGUAAUAAUUUUAAUAAUAAUAAUAAUAUUUAUAUGUGUAAAAAUGUAAAGAAUAUAAUUUUAUCUUUAGAAUUAAGUAAUGAAGAAAAAAUUAAUGAAGUGAGGAAAAUUUUAUUUUAUUCAUCAAGUGAAGAAAAGAAAUAUAUUAUGAAUGAAAUAUUAAAUAUAUUAUAUAUUUAUCCACAAUUAUAUGUUUCUUGUAUUAUUAGUUUGUUUUAUUUAUUUAUAUUAGAUAAUGAAAUCUUUGAAAAAUAUUUUAAUGCUGAUGAUUUAGUAUACCUGUUUAAUGAAAAAAUAGAUUUUAGAUAUGCUGAGUGGUUCUUAAAAACGUACCUAUUUUAUAAAUAUAAAUAUUCUGAUAAUACACAUACCAAGGGAUCUAUAUAUUAUAUAAAGAAGGGUUCACCAAGAAAUAGUAUGAAAAGGGAGGACAGCAAUAUGUAUGCUGAUCAAAAAAGUGUCAUGGUAGAAAAUACAAAAAAAAAUUAUUUAAAUGAAGGAAACCAAAAAGAUGAUGAUAACAAAAACAAUUAUGACGAUAACAAAAAAAAUGAUGAUGAUGAUAACAAAAACAAUUAUGACGAUAACAAAAAAAAUGAUGAUGAUAACAAAAAAAAUGAUGAUGAUAGCAAAAAAAAUGAUGAUAAUAACAACAAAAAUGAGGAUGAUGAUAGUAUCAACGUCUCAACAAGUUUAAAAGGAAUCCAUAAAAACACGUUUGAUCCUUUUUUUGAGAAACACAGUAACAGCUCACUUAUAGAUUCAGGUGAUGACUACUUAUGUGAUAUGAAUAAUUUAUCCAAUAAUAAAAAAGAUAUAUAUAUCUUAUGGACAUAUUUUGAGAGCUCGAAAUGUGUAGGAUAUAAUGAAUGUAAAACAUUAUUAAGUUUAUGCUUAAAAAACGAAAAUGAAACAUGUAUUAAUAAUAUUAGUGCUUCUAAAGUUAGAAGUUUAGUUAUCUCCAUAUGGUCGAAUAUACCUUCAUCGAAACCUAAACGUUCAUUUAUAAAAUUAAUAUUUAAUUGGAUAAAUAAUAAAAAAGAUGAUUUACAUAAAAAAAAAAAUUUAUUUUAUUUAUUAAAAUCAGAAAAGAAAAAUAAUAAGAAUUUAUCAAAAAUAUGUUUUAAUUAUUUCUUAAAUUAUUUAAUUAAAUAUAAAGAUAAUUGUUCAAAUGAUAUUAUAUAUAUAUUAUAUUUGAUAGAUGAAAAUGAAUUAAAAAUAUAUUCGAAAAAUUUUAUACAAAAUCAUAAAAUAAAUUUUAAUCAAUUUAUAUCCAUAUGGAAUAUUAUGUGUAUAUUAUUUUGGGAUACUGAUGAAAUUAAUAAUUUUACAUUUUUACAAAAAAAUAAAUAUUAUUAUUAUGAUUUUAUGUUAAUAUUCUUAAAAACAUUUUAUGAUUAUAUAAAUGUAAAUAGAGACAUGAGAGAAAUCAUGAAAAUGAAAUUGAAGAAAACAUUUCUAACAGGAUAUCAUCAUGAUGUUGAGGCACCUCAAGAACAUAUAUCCCUUUACCAAGAAAAAAAUAUUACUCAUAAUCAAGACAAUCGUUUAAGUUUUACUUAUAUGAAAAAAAUGUCUCUCUUGAAUUCAUCCAUAAAUAAUAAUAAAGAAGACAAACAUGAGGAUCAAAAUGAAUAUCUGAAUCUUUUUGAUAUUGAAAAUAUAAUUAAUAAUUUUAAUUUUACUGAUUUUGUAAAUAAUGAAAUUAGUAGAGACAAUUAUUUCGAUUCGUUCUUUGGAGCGACCAAUAUGCCUAUCCCCAGCAUGUCGAAUAUAUCUUUGACUG